CAGAAGUGGUGGAGGUAUGCCAGCCAGCCCGGGCCAUGUAACCGGGGAGGGGCUAGGCUGGUUCUCUCGGCAACUCUCGGGUUCUCUCCUCGAAACACUAGGCCGGUGGACAGAGGAGGUGGUAAUGGAAUGGAGGAAUGGGGAAAGGCACAAGACCGAGGCAAACGGCAAUGCACGGUAGAAACGAAUGAGGUCUCGUUGGCACGCCGAAGGAGCGCCAUGAAAGUGUGCGAUCAAACUAAAAAGACCUGCCGGGAUCACCACAGCAACAAAUUUCAAAAAUAAUUCAUCAAGUCCACUUCGUCGCCCAUGGACACACGCACUGGUGGCGAUUUAAAUCCAAGUGGGGGGGAGGGGUUGUGCACUGUUGAUUGAACUGUCACCGAGUGAAGUUCGAUGUGAAUUUUCAAUCGACUAUUGAGUGAAGUGAAUUAGCAGGGGCAAGUGUGUUCACACUGAGGGCCACUAAAUUUAUUUUCGAAAAGAGGAAUAAUGGCUGCUGGCUGGCAUCGGACAGGUCUAUCGAGUGCACAGGUGUCCGUCAGUGCCGAGGGUAACAAUCUGUGCUCAAGCUGGAGUUUAUCGUGAUACUAAAGUUUAUUUUCCUCGUCGUCUUCCCGGAGGAUUUCGUGGCGAUUGAUUUUUCCGACUUCUCAUCUGGUUUCCAAUUAUUUUGAUAGUCCUUUCGACUGUGGGGGGAGUGAGAGAAGUGUUAUCCCGGAUAAAGUGAUAAUAAAAAAUGAUUGGACUCGGAAGGACUAAAUGUUCACUGGUGAUUUAUCAGCGUCAGGUUGUCGUUCUCUUCAUUGUUCUGCUGGUUGAGGUGACGUACUCGGCCGACCUUGCCAUAGAGAUACCGGGAAAUCUCUCUCAAGGUGGAUCCUGGUACAGACUGGACUACAGUCCACCCAUUGGUUAUCCAAGACCAAAUACAACAGUCGCUGCAACUGAUAUCGGCGAUGUUAUCAAAUUUAGAGAUGGGCUUCCAGGUACGAAGUACGAAUUCUGGUUGUAUUAUAGCAAUGGAACGUUGCAUGAUUGGCUUACGUGGACGGCGUCAAUUACAACAGCUCCAGAUCCGCCCUCGAACCUCACCGUCUCCGUUCGUAACGGCAAGACAGCGAUAGUGUACUGGUCGCCCCCCUCGCAGGGCAACUACUCGGGCUUCCGUCUGCGCGUGCAAAGCUUCUCCGACGCUGGUCCCCCAAAAACCAGUCUAAUCCCCUCGGACGCAGUCCCCUACACCCUCCGGGACUUGACCCCCGGUGCGACCUACUCCCUCCAGCUAUUCACAGUAUUAGAAACUAAAGAAUCGGUCGCCUACACAAGUCGCAACUUCACGACAAAGCCCAACACCCCUGGCAAAUUCAUCGUCUGGUUUCGAAACGAAACAACAUUAUUAGUCCUGUGGCAGCCGCCAUACCCAGCGGGCAUCUACACCCACUACAAAGUGAGUAUCGAUCCCCCCGAUGCCAUUGAGUCAGUCUUCUACGUCGAGAAGGAGGGCGAGCCGCCAGGGCCAGCCCAAGCAGCCUUCAAGGACCUCGUCCCAGGUCGUGCCUACAACAUUUCCGUUCAAACAGUAUCCGAGGACGAGACAUCCGCCCCAACCACCGCCCAAUACCGAACAGUUCCCCUCCGACCGUUGAACGUGACCUUCGACAAGUCCUCAGUGACAUCCACCAGCUUCCGGGUCUUCUGGAACGCCCCCAACGGCACCUCCGAGUUCGACAAAUACCAGAUAUCACUGGGUGGCAACAGACGCCUCACCCCAGUGACGAUAAACCGAGACGACGAGAGCCUCUGGGAGUUCAAGGAGCUCGAACCGGGGAAGACGUACCAAGUAGUCGUGAAAACGGUGUCUGGUAAAGUCACCAGCUGGCCGGCCAGCGGAGACAUCACCCUUCGUCCUCUGCCCGUCCGCGAUCUCCGCGCUGAGAUCGACGAGAAGACGGGAAUGCUGGAGGUCUCCUGGAGACCCGACAACUCCAGCACUCAAGACAGCUACAAACUCCAGUACCACGAGGUAGAAACAACGUCGAUCACAGGCGACAGCAACUCCUUGGCCAUCGAGAAGACUAAGAUUGCUCUGGAAGCGCUGCUUCCUGGGAGGAACUACACGAUAAUCGUCCAGGCGAUCAGCAACAAGAUCGAGUCGAACGAGACGGUUCUCCACCAGGUGACGAGGCCGUCGAGUCCCAUCAUCGAGGACCUGAAGUCCAUCGAGAAGGGUCUCAACAUAUCGUGGAAGAGCGACGUCAACUCGCGACAGGAGAAGUUCGAAGUCACUCACACCAGGAAUGACACCGGGGAGAGUGCCACCACCCUCACGACGGAGUCCCACAUAAUACUGGAGGAUCUUUAUCCUGGGGCGGGGUAUGAGGUUAAAGUCUUUGCCAUCAGUCACGGUCUGAGGAGCGAACCUCAUGACUACUUUCAAGCUGUCUUGCCGCAUCCGCCGCAGCAUCUGAGGAUCGAAAAGGUGACGAAUAAUGCUGUUCUCGUUCAUUGGGCGGCUCCCAUCAACUCUCUGUUCACCGAAUACGCCAUCAGGUACAGGACUGAUGAUGACCCCAGGUGGGUCAAGCUCCCCAGUGUUCGGGAGAUGGAGGCGGAGGUGGCGGACAUGACCCCCGGGGAGAAGUACACGAUUCAGGUGAACACUGUCAGCUUCGGGGUCGAGUCCCUGUUCCCGUUGCAAGUUAAUCAUACGGUCAGACCGAAUGCUGUUGUCAAUGUCACACCUGUUGUUGAUUCUACUAAUAUAACGCUGGAGUUCCUGAGGCCCGAGGGGCGCAUCGAGACGUACGUCAUCAGGUGGUGGGUCACCGAGAACCCGAACGAGUUCAGAACUAAGAAUGUUACCGCUGGUAGUGAUAUCACGGAAUUGGCGUUCGAGGAGUCGUCUGGCGGGUCCGGCCACUACACUGAGAGGAUUCUUGUGGAUGAUCUUGUGCCCGGGGUCGAGUACUCAUUCUCGAUUUAUACCGUUUCUUAUCAUCUUGUGGGGGACGUCACCAACUUCACGACUCACACAAUGCCGCUGAUUCAAUCCGAAGUUGUCGUAGUCAUCGACCGUGAUCUUCCAGACUCUCUGACGCUCCGUUACACACCAACAUAUGUGCAAUCAUCGAGAUUCGAUUUGUACAGAUUCCGAAUAAGCGAUGAUAACAAUACGACAAAAGAGAAACUUGUCGACGAUACAGAUACGAAAGUUACGUUUGGGGGUCUGACGCCGGGGAAAUUGUACAAUGUGACUGUGUGGACUGUCAGUGAGAGUGUCGAGAGUAGACCGAUCUUGAGACAGGACAGACUCUACCCAGAGCCAAUAACAGGCAUUCAUGCCAUUGAUAUCAAUGAUACGAGAAUAUCAUUGACCUGGGACGUGCCUCAAGGGGAGUACGACGCCUUCGAGGUGCAGUACAUAAAUAGUGAUGAUAAUUAUCUUCAGAAUAUAACGUCACACAAUGCCAUCACUAUUUCAAACCUCAAGCCACACAGGAAUUACACUUUUACGCUUGUCGUGAGGUCUGGCUCGGAGUCUAAUUAUCUGAGGAGGUCUAAUCCACUCAGUGCGAGCUUCACGACCAGCGAGUCGUAUCCAGGGAGGGUCGAGAAGUUUCAUCCUACUGAUAUUCAACCCGGUGAGAUCAGCUUCGAGUGGUUCCUGCCGGAUGGAGAGUCCAAUGGCAUCAUCAAGAAGUUCACCAUCACUUAUGGGCUUGAGGGCUCAUCCCACACUCAAAUGCGAGACUUCAAGCCCACAGAGUUCAGGGGUGUGAUAAAAGGCCUGACUCCCGGAAAAAUCUACGUCUUCCGUAUCCAAGCAGAAACAAAAAUUGGUUUUGGUCCAGAAACAACUUGGAAACAAAAAAUGCCCAUUCUGGCUCCUCCAAAGCCACCGACACAAGUUGUUCCCAAUGAGGUCUGCAGAAGCAGUACAACGAUACAAAUACGAUUCAGGAAGAAUUAUUUCAGCGAGCAACACGGUGCUGUGAUCUCAUACACGAUUAUUGUCGCUGAGGACGACAGUAAAAACGCCUCGGGAUUGGAAAUGCCCAGUUGGAGGGAUGUCCAGGCUUACAGCAGUUGGCCACCUUAUCAGGUGAUGGAGCCUUACAAUCCCUUCAAGAACGGUUCAGUGGAGGACUUCACCAUCGGCACAGAGAACUGCGAGAACAAAAUAGGCUACUGCAAUGGUCCCCUGAAAGCCGGAUCGACGUACAGAGUCAAAGUUCGAGCCUUCACAGCCCCAGAUAAAUUCACAGACACGAGCUACAGCUUUCCCAUCCAAACAGGAUUGCUGCUGGCAGACAAGGAUAACACAACGAUAAUUGUGGGCGUAACCGUCCCAAUAGUUCUCCUGCUGACGAUGCUGGGUAUCGGGUUAUUGGUGAGGAGACAUCGCAAUCAGCGGAGAAAAAUCACCGAGCCAAGGGCAACAGAUAAUCUCUCAUUACCAGACAGCGUCAUUGAGACGAGUCGACCAAUUCGAGUGGAAAAUUUUGCCGAGCACUACAGGAUAAUGUCAGCAGACUCGGAUUUCAGAUUUUCAGAGGAAUUUGAGGAAUUGAAGCACGUGGGGAGGGAUCAGCCCUGCACAGCUGCUGAUCUACCCUGCAACAGGCCCAAAAAUCGUUUCACUAAUAUUUUGCCAUACGAUCACAGCAGAUUUAAGCUGCAGCCUGUUGAUGAUGAGGAGGGAUCUGAUUACAUAAACGCUAAUUAUGUUCCGGGUCACAAUUCCCCCCGAGAAUUCAUAGUAACCCAAGGUCCCCUCCACUCAACGAGAGACGACUUCUGGCGAAUGGUCUCGGAGAGCAACAGUCGUGCAAUAGUGAUGCUGACCCGAUGCAUCGAGAAAGGUCGGGAGAAGUGCGACCACUACUGGCCAAUGGACACCCUUCCAGUCUACUACGGGGACAUAUGUGUAACAGUUCUAAACGAGACGCGCUACCCAGACUGGAGUAUCACCGAGUUCAUGCUCUGUCGAGGUGACACGAAGAGGGUGAUCCAGCACUUCCACUUCACGACGUGGCCGGACUUCGGGGUGCCGAGUCCACCGCAGACUCUGGCGAGAUUCGUGAGGGCCUUCAGGGAACGAGUGAGACCUGAUCAGAGGCCCAUUGUCGUGCACUGCAGUGCUGGGGUGGGGAGAAGCGGGACUUUUAUCACGCUUGACAGAAUACUCCAGCAGAUACAGGUCUCCGAUUAUGUGGAUAUAUUCGGCAUCGUCUGGGCCAUGAGGAAGGAGAGGGUGUGGAUGGUACAGACUGAGCAGCAGUACACGUGCAUUCAUCAGUGUCUUCUGGCAGUUCUGGAGGGCCAGGACACGCUCACGGGACCCCCCAGGGAGAUUCACGAUAAUCAAGGAUUCGAAGGAAAGAACCAAACAUCCGUCGAGAAUGCCAUGAGCCCAGUAGCUGACGAAAAGGAGAGAUGACCUUCAGACUCGGGGAACGAGGACGAGGAUGACGAGGGAAUCGCUGAAUCCGGGAUGUAACCAGAGACUCAGCCCAGAAAUUAUGAUUUAAUUAGCCCCAGUGGAAGCAAUUGAUCUGUGACAAUUAGUGAAGAAGAAUGCUCAAUUAUUAAUUAUUUUUCACGUGCGACAUGAAUAUUAAUUUGGAUCGUGUCCCAAGAAAGUGACAAGUAUCCGUCCGACAGAUUAAUCGAGCAUUUUCCGAAUUUCAUUUUGAUGUCGCUUAGAAUCUCAAUUCAUAUAAUUUUUCCUACAAAUCACGAGGGGAUUUGUAACUAGGUACUUAAUUAUUUAGAGGACGAAGGCAGAUCAGGGGUGAACAAUGCACAUUUUUAUACAUUUGGACGGAUGCACCUGAGAGAAUGGAAAUAUAAUUAGGGGGGGAGAAUGAUCCCCUCAGGUGCCAAUUGAUCUCUCUACCUCUUAUGAUUGUUUUUGUCUCUGUUUUUAAAUUUUUUUAUAUGAUGAACGAUUAUAUCCAAAUGGACCACUGUAUGUACAUAUCUUCCCAUACAUAUUGCGAGAAAUGUUUAAGCCUCGAGGUAUAUUGUAUUUUAGCAGAAUAUUAAUUAUUGUUUUUGUUACCUUAUUUUAUUGAUAUUAUUUUUAUCAACGAUGAUGCUAUUGUAAUAAUAACAAUUCAAUAUCAAAUUGCAA